AUGUCUCUGAGCGUAAAGCAGUAUGCGCUACUGAUGAUCGGCAUCAUGGUCAUCUUUUGUUUAUUAGGCUGGAUAGUUCGCAGGAUUCUAGACUCGCGUUUCCAUGUCCAACUUGGUCAUCUUGGAUUUCUCUCUAUAACUGGACUAGGUUAUCAAAAAACCAAAGACAAGCAACUUAUACUGUCAGUUAAUGUUGGAAAAAUUAAGAUUCGAUUGAAGAAACCCGGCUGGAAUGUCACAACACCUUGGAUCACAAUCCAUUUCUCUGGCAUCCAUUUCAAUGUACACAAUCUGGAAGUCCUUCGAGCCUCGAAAAAGACACGAUCCGAUAGACCGAAUGCACUCAACAGACGUAUGUCUAUGAUUAAUCAGUCGCUCAAACAUAUCCCCUGGUGGUAUUCGCUUUCAAUUGUAAAGAAUAUUCUCAAGUUUACUUCAGCUAUUCCUGCCCAGCUGAUCAUGAAUGGUCUGGCUAACUAUGUGGCUAUUCAAUUCGAUGACUGCCGUUUGAGUAUCAACAACACUUGCUGUCUCUCCAUCGAUCAGCUCACUGUACAAUCCACCCUUUUUGCUGCCCUUCUUGCCAAAACACCCCAGUCACCUGGUCACCUUUCUCUUAACGAUUACCAUCAACGACAUUCUCUCAAGUGUGCUGAUCAUUUAUUCCGAGAAAAGUUUUUUGAGAUAGCUGUUACCUUGGGGACCAUCAAACUUCUUGGAUAUGAGUCCAAGAAUGGGGUUCUUAUUCCCUCUGGAAGCAGACUCGCAAUCUCAUUUCAUCUCUCAGCUGGAUGUGUAACGCUCAAGGAAGUCGAUGUCAGCCUUCAGAUGGCACCAGUUCAAAUUAAUCUCGAUUGCUUAUUAAAUUUGCGUACAAAACUUGCUCCGAAAUCAAAGGAAAAGACUUUAGGCGACCAUGCAAAUAUUGAAUCCACCAAGAAUGGAAAGCCAAAGCGAGCCAGUUCACUAAUUCUAAAGUCUUUUUCCUUUUCCCUUGAGCAUCUUUCGGUCUCUUACGAUGAUCCAUCGACGAACGUUUAUAGUAUGAUAUAUGUACAGUCGAUACAAGCAAAUGUAGCCGCUGAACGAACAGAUUGCGAAGUUACAUACGCAUGCACUGCUAGUAUUAAAGACACGGGAUUGAAACUCAUGGACGCACCAAUAUCUCUAGAAACCAAUUCAACCCAGAUCUGCAAUUUGCCUCUUCUUCAAAUCACCGCUAAUACCAAUCCCGAAGGAACUCAACAUGAGAAGUCCACGACAAAGCCUACGCUUAAAAUCCCCUUGCCUUUGUCGAAACAUCAAAGAUACCAUCUCAAGACAAAUGUAUACAUCCAAUCUUUUGCAUUUACAAUUGAUACAACCAAAAUAGAUCUUUUGCGACAAAUUAAACCAACAAAAACGACCAAGUCAACUACAAAUACUAGCCCCAUUGCUAUACCUAGUUUGGAACUCAACAUUCACUUGGAUACACCCUCGCUGAGCUUUCUCGCUGCGGAUAUAGAUAGGAGCACAAAGGUCUGUGCACAAAGCAUAGUGAUUGAUCUGACCGGAAGAUACAUUGCUUACAGCAAAAAGUCAAAAUCUUCGCCUUCUUCACCAACCAUACCUUUUGCGUCCGACCCUAGAGCGAAUUCGCCAACUCUUCGUAAACGAAACUCGAUGCGACCUUGGUCUCUUUUGUUCCAGAGACCAUGGUAUUCUAAAGAAUCUGAGGAAAUCGAAAAAUCAUUGGAAAUUGACUGGGUUUAUUCCGUAGCUGCCAGGAGUACAAUCGAUAAACUUGCUCUAAAACAAACGUGUGAGCUGUCAGAACCUGUCUUUUGCUUGAGUCAGAUUAUGUGUGUAGCUACAACUCAGCUGAAGACGACCGAAGACAUGAAAGACCUCCGAGUAAUACCAACCCUGGGAAUUGUGGAUGGUGAGGUGACUGUGGAUAAUCCUGUGUUGAAUACUUGGACAUGUAUAGGAGACAAACUUGCUUAUGUACAUUGGCUGCACGAAAUCACAAAAACAUGGAAGCAACCCAAGCAUGAACCACAUAAAGAAGUAAAUAAGCCAUUAAAUCUCGACUGGACAAAGAACUUGAGACUUUCCUUGGUCAUAACAGGGGUAACUAUUCUUGCGGAGGCUAUCGAUCCAGGCAUAAAAGGGACUGGAGAGAAGAGGCCGGGGUAUAUUGAUACUAGACCGGAAAAAGAUGUUUUGAUAUCGUUCUGGGGUAGUAUUGAGAGAUUUUCGGUAUCUUUCAAAGGAGCACAUGUAUUUGGGCAUUCGAAGAGGAGCAGUCAUCGAUACAACCUCAGUAGCGGAUCAAUCAACAUGACAUCUGACCCUAGCCAAGAAGGGACUAUGAAACGAUUGGGAUCACUCAAAGCAUCUAUUCAAAAUGCAUGUAUUAGAAGGGAAUUUCGGCCAGAAAAUGGUCCAAGGAGUCUAUCCCCUGAGAAUAGUAAACUUUUGGGGUGGUUAUCAAGAGCCAACGGCCGAGUUGAUCUUCACACAGAAUCAGGCGUCGUCUAUGCUCGGUCAGAUGUGGUUAUUAAAAAGAUCGGGGCACACUACUCUCUAGAGAAUCACUUUGCAUCCCUCAUGUUUCUCCAAGCGAUAAGAAAGAUACAGGAAAUAUUAAAGAAACCCCAAGCAACCCAGCCCACUCAUACCGCUCAUACCGUCUCGCAAAAACUCUUCAAGAUUCAGAGAAUUCAAUGUCAACUCAACCGGACAGAUUUCCAUAUUCAUCUACCAAAAAACACGCCUCUCUAUUUGCGUAUCGACGGUUUGAAAACACAAUGGCAAGAUACUCAACUGAUGGGACCUAUAAUGGUUAUUCGUAAUCUGAUGAUAUUUGGAAUGGGCGUGAAUGAUUCUGGCCGAUGGGAUCAGCUUUUGGAAGCCGAUAACCUAGACAUCACUCUUCAAAACGGUAUGGUCAAUCCAUCUGAUGGUCACCAGUUGAAGCUGUCUAAGCUUUAUUUGAGGAUACCCUAUCAAUUUGUCAUGGCUGAUAUUGUCGACAAUGCACUCAAUAUGGUUAAAGCAAUAAAGACCCUCCGCCUCCGUUUUAAAUAUGGAGAGCCUUUGACAUUCUUUGGUCCCAAGAUCAGCCCAAAUCCACUUGGAAUUCCUCGGAUGAGUAUUGUCUGUGAUAACUUUACACUAGAGCUUGAAGAUGAUCCAUUUGAGGCACGACUACGCAAAAUUUGGAGAACAGGUGUUCUUGAGCAGACUAGCCGACUAGCAUUAGAAGAUGCAUUUGAGGCAAAGGUACAAUCAGUCACUCAAACAAGUGACAAUCCCGAGACAGAUGCUCGUGUUAGUGAAGCAUUACAUGGACUUCAACACCACAAUGCAAAUUCUUGGAUCAAAAAAGUCAAUUUUUUGAUUCAGAAGGAAACUAUGGCCUACGACAAGUCGAGACAGUCUAAUUACAGAAAUCCUACGUCUGAAGCUUAUGAUGAGAUGUAUGAUGAACUAGAUAACAGCACCUCAAAAAUACCUUCACUAUUUCAUAUCCACACCAUCCCUUUACCGAGAUCUCCUCCACUUUUGAAUAUCACCGUACUUAAGACAGCAUGCAAGUUCAGCCAGCCCAGUUUUCCUUUGGAGGAUACCCGCCAAUUUGUACAUAAAAAUGGAAAAGGUAUUCCAUUAGACACACAGUUUUCUACACUUGUACCGUUCCAUGUCGAUUGGAGUGCCGGAAAGACAUGGAUCCAGAUCAGAGAUUAUCCAAUUCCUCUUAUGCAUGUUCCCCCACCGACUACAAUUGACGAUUCUACCCCGGCGUGGCUUCUCUCCGGCGAUUACGUCUUUGGUGAUGAGCUUGGCAGUAUUGAAGCAACUCGAAGUAUCAAUGUCUUGAUUGUAGAUCAAGAAAAUAUCAAUUACAAUUUCAAUGUGGCAAGAACCAGUACACCACCAAAGUUCUAUUCAAUUGUCGAUAUCAAGGUCUUUACUCAAAGUAUGACAAGUUUCUGUUGGUCAACUUCAUAUCAGCCUGCUAUUCAAGACAUCACUGGUGCCCUUGAUAAUCUGACACGUCCACCUAUCGAUCCGUCACCAAAAGUUGGAUUCUGGGACAAACUUCGGUUAAUGAUUCAUACGCAGUGUAAGCUGGGUUUUGUUGGAGGAGGCGAUGUUGCAUGUGUAAUGAAAGGAACAAGAAAUCCGUACGAUAUGAGCGACAGAGGAUUCGGAAUGUCCAUGGUUUGGCGUAAACAGGUUGAGUGGUACAUUGGACAUGACAAUCCACAAGGAGAGUUUAUGCAGUUGCUGAGCCGCGACUAUGCACUAGGUGUUCCUGAUUUGCUUCGUGGAGGAUAUGCAUUCCUAAACUUGCUGCCAGAAGGACAACCCCAGUAUGAAGCAAGUAUCUUAUCUUCUGGAGCCUCGUCAAGUGGAACUAGCUCUAGGCAAGGUCGCCCAUCUGCUUGGUCCGACUCUCGCGAACCAUCUCUGAAUACAUCUGAAGAUGAAAAAGAGUUGAGAUUUUCCAAGAUCCUUUUGAAGCUAUCCGGUGGUAUCUGUAUGGGUAUUGGAUGUCACUUAGAGCGAGUAUGCUCUCCAAACUUGGACGGGUGUGGCUGUCAAGGAAACGCAAUGGAAGAUCGCAAAUGUCGACUUCUUCAUUUCUUACCCCAUUAUAAUGUUAAAUUCAUGACACCUAGCGCAGUUGAGAAACUAGGGGAUUCAGACAACUACGAUGCGUAUGCUGGUUUCCGUUCCCAUUUCAUUCAUUUCUCUAUCAGUAUCGUAAAGCUAAAGAUUGAGGAAGACAAGGAAGCUGAUCUCGAUGUAGUUUCUAUGAACUCUAUGCACUUAACUCCUAAUACCCUUGAUCAUUUUGGUGCUUGGUUCAGACUUUUUGGUGGUGCAAUGAAUUAUCCAACUCGUAGUGGUACACUUUACCCAAAACUGGAUGUCCGGCCAACAAAGAAAUUUAGCAAGCACAUGAGUACAAUGAAGUACAAGAUUAUGGUUGGCCCACUUAUGAUUGGUUAUUUUUACAAAGAUGAAAAUGAACCUGGGAGCAGUUUAUCUGUCGAUGAUUUGGGAGAUUGUGUUGGUCUCAAGGCUCUUGUGAGUAGUUUUAACGUCGAUAUGCACCAGCGUAGGGAGGUUGUUCAUCAAACAGGCCUCAAUGUUGAUAACAAACAACUCAAGGCAAACUGGCCAUUACAUGAAGCCGAAGUUCAAUUGAAGAACGUUGAUAUGAGAGCAGUCAGAGCCAGUUAUAGAAAGAAGCAGCCCAUGGAAGAUAUAAUUGGAGAAUCUGGGUUGCCAUCAAGUACCAUAGAUACAUCAAGUGUAUUUAGCAGUGACAGUAGCCGGGCAGAUUGCUUUGAAGACUGGGAUGAGAAGUCAAACGAAGACAGUACACCCCCAGAGUGGGUAGACUUAGACGAUUUUGUGGAAUUACACAUGCCAACACCAAAAGUCGAACCCAAAGUCCAAGUACUUCCCUUUGCUUUUUCGCCAUACCUGUAUUAUCUUAAGCAAAAUAAUCGAGAUGAUGUAGAGAAAUACCGAUACUUACAUAAAACACAUGAUUGUAUAUUGGGAACUGCUGUUGAAACUCGUGAGGUGCAGAUGUCUCUCUUGCAGGAGCGCAGCGAUAAUAUUGAUCUUCAGAUCCGCAAGCAUCAAGCUCGUUUACACAACGUAGAAUCUAGACUCUCUGGCCGCUCUGAUGACAAUGACCUGCUGAACGAGUCGCGUGCUAUUGUAGAAAAGACGGAAAUGCUGUUUGAAAAGCGAGGCAUAUUACAACGUUAUCUCAGGGAGCUGUCGACUGAAUCUAUGCCAAAUGUAGCCCACAAUGGACACACCGAUACAGCAGCAUAUUCAAGUUCGAUGAUCUUUGGGCACGACUCUCUUAUGAAGUGGGAGAACUUGAUGGGCUAUUUUAGACAGCGUUAUAUUGUUCACAAUGCCCAGAUUCUUUGGAACAACUCGAUCCGAAAUAUUAUAUACCACCUACUAGAUGUUCAGGCGCACAAGCGUGCUCUAACAUACUACAUGUCUGCGCGUGCUGUAAAGUUUCUUCGAGACAUGAAUGAGACUCAUCGUCAAAACCAGCGCAAUGAGAUGGGCGGAUCGGAAGAAAAUGAAAGCAAUAGUGGGAUUCAGAUGGCCCAAGAAUUGAUUGAGAAAUUACUUGCUGACCAAAAGAAUAUCUACGCGGCUAAUGAAACAGAAGGAACUUCGAAGGACACAAGAAGAGGAAGUGGAUUUUCGGAAACAAGCAAUAAGAAUGUUAAUGAUCCAGAGGCUCACAUAAACAGUAUCCCAUCAGGCUAUCUUAUGAAGAGUGGAUAUUUAAUUGACCUGUUAAAUCCGCAGAUUAGUCUCCAAAGUGAUGCCAACCCAGACAGCCUUGUUCUCAUGUCCAACCAGAGAAUGCAAGUCAAGGGUUUUAAUAUUGUCGAUGCGAGCGAAUCGGAGGCUGAUAUGGAGCUUGUUAAAGACCGGACGAUUGUGAGUAUCGACAAUGCCCAAUUUUUUGUCGCCAAGAAGGAACAGUUUGAAACAGUUGAUCUACUUCUGGAUAAUCACUAUGGAGCCAAAGAUAACGAACAUUGGUUGACUUGGAUUCCUUCGGAAAUGUUGAUUAAUUAUGUAAAAUUGUCUGAUAAGUUCCAGCGCGUUGGUACCAAAUUGACUGCAACAAUUCAAUACGACAAGUACAACCCACUCCGAAUGAAGGCUAAGCUUUACUCCAGUAUUACUCAAAUCCAUCCUUUUGAAGACAGAUGUGAUACCGUUCUACUCAAUUUUCCUAAAUUGGCCUUGACGGCGAACUCACAGCAAUACAAUGCGAUGUAUGAGGUUGCGGUUGAUCUACUGCUAUAUAAAGAGCCAGCCAAAAAAGAAAGACUUGCUCGUCUUCGUGAGAUUAUGAUGGCAGCAGACAGAGGAGAUCCAUGUGAGAUCACAAGAAAAAUUGAAAAUCUUCAGAACCGAAUCCGCCGUCUGACAAAAACCAGGGACCAUUAUAGACAAAAGGUAGCUUACUUGGAUGAAUCACAAAUGGACAAAUUUCAAGAUAUACGAACUACAUUGUACGAGCUACGUGAAGAACUCUUUCUGGGUAUGGAAGCUAUCAAGAUUACUCAGACUAGUAAACGAAGCAACGAUCAUGAGCCCAUCACAAACCUCAAGUUUGUUUUCUCGGCCGAAAAAGUUAUCUGGGAAAUGUUGACCGACAAUGAUACGCCGCUUUCUGAAUGGAACUUAACAAAUACAACAUUUAUUCUGAUCAACAGAGAAGAUCACUCAAGCACUAACACACUUGAAGUCGACCUACUCCAUGUCACCAACCGCACUAUACCACCCGUAUUUACGGACAUCAUCGGUCCUUACGCAGAUCCUCGUAAGGUGCAUGAUUUCUCUCGACAUAAGAUGAUUCGCUGUUAUAUUUCCUCUCUUGCACCUGUCGGUGGUAUUCCUGUCAUUCAGCAUCUAGAGAUCAAUCUGUCUCCUGUUAAAGUUCAAAUGACCUAUGAUUUUGGAAAAGCCAUGGCUUCAUAUAUAUUCCCUCCGGAAAGGCGGAUAAAGCAGCCGGAUACAGUUGGAACUAUUUCUCUUUCGCCUUCUUCUCAAAAUCUUGCAGAAAUGGAAAAUGGAUCAGGAGAGAAUGAAAGCAUACAAAAUUUGGAUACAAAAUCUGUCGACAAAGAUUCACUUCGAAACGCCUCUAACACAAAGUUUUUGGAUAGCGGGAAAAAUACAGGGGCUGAUAGUAUCAAGACAGUUGAUAUUUCUUACAUGCCAAAAGAUAAUGGAGAUUUAGACACACCAGACACAUCUUCUAUAGUGUCUGCACCUCCGACCACUGGAAAGAAAGGGAAAAAAAUAAAUAAAUCAAAACUGGAUAGAAAAGGGGCAACCGAUGAUCUAACGGUCAUGAAGAAUCGUGCAUCAAACAAUCGUGCAUUUAUUCUAGUCAAAAUACCAGGUGCAAAGCAUUGCUUGAGCUAUCAGGGUCCGAAAGAAAAGAACAUUGAAGAUUUGCGUGAUUUCGUGUUUCAACAACCUAAUCUUGAGUACCGGAACAAAACAUGGUCAUGGUUUGAGCUCAUGUCAAACAUAAAGAAAGAUUUUAUGCGUGCAGCUUUAUUGAACAACAGUCCUGCGCUGAUCAAAGAAAAGCUGACAAUUAGACGUCAUCCGCGUGAUAGUACGAAGAAUAUAGAUACUACAUCAUCCAUACAAAGCAGUUCUUCUAUUAUUGAAGAAAGUGGGUUUUGUGAUAGUCAAAUGAAACCCCAAGGAUUAUACGAAGGAGACGAUUUGCUUGAGUUAACUGAGAGCUCCCGGGAAGAGGAAGAGCAUGAACUUGAUAAGGAUGCUGUGUCUUUGCAUUCAAGCAAUUCUCAGGAAGCUGGGUGGGAAGCCGAGGCACCCACGGACACAAAGACAGCGCGUCGCGUGCUUCCAUGGGCACGAAGAUUUAGAAAAACAAAGACCUCUGUGAACCCAACUGAAACAGUUGAACCAUUACAACAUGAUAUACCCGUGCGCGUAGAGGAUGAUCUUGGUUGCCAAAAAGGCACAGCUAACCACCGUCGCAGUAUAGGCGGUAUCAAUAUUCCUCCUCGUUGCGAAAAGAAUAUUGCCCCGGCUCCUAACGAUGAGGAAUUGGCAAGCAAAGGAAGAAUGCUGCUUGGAAAAUACUACAGCGGGCCUUCACACACACACACGAUGUCAAAAUUCAAGGGAAAACUGUCACAUAAACCUUCGAGUGUAAAAAGUUCUUGCAGUGCAGGCAAGGGUUUGUAG